AAAAAUUUUCAUAUAUAUUUUGCCUACCCUGCUAUAUCUCUUUUGUUUUAGCUGCUAUCUCCUAUUACAUUUGUUCAUAAUGCUAGUGUCGUCAUUUAGCAAGAGACACACCGUUUCAUUUCCAUGCAUUCUAACCGUGGUUCGUGCCUCAAGUCUGCUGGUAUCUGCUAUGGUUAUGACAUCGGAUUUACUCCAUUAUACAACCACAACCCAUACGACAACAGGGAAAGGAGCUCAAGAACUUGUUUUGUCGUUAUUCGCAAAUGCAAUUGAAGACAGACGCUUGAUUUCAACACUUGUCACUGCUCAUGCCACUAGUAUUUGUUCUCUCCUUGUGCUGAUUGGCCAGUACCGAGGCGGUAUAGAGAUCGAGCCCACGCGUUACAAGUCCAUCUUUAUUCAACUAUGCCAAAUGGUUGUGCCCUUAGAACUCAUGGUCAGUUGGAUAUUCUGCAUCCUAUUCGAUGUACACACCAAGCGAGUUUUCGAAAAGAAGAGCAGCUCUUUCAGCUUGUCUGAAUAUCAAUUUUUCGACAACGUAUGCAUAGGCAGUGCAGAGGAAACCGCAUCCAUGCAAUGUUCAUUGGUUACAUUUACCUAUACAUGUAAAUAUAUCAUCGGCGCACUUUUAUUCACUGAACUUUUACUGGUGUCAACAAGAGCUUAUAAAAAACUAAUAGUCGAGCGUGAAGGAGCCAUCCAACUAUACGACGAGGAGAUUCUGAUUUUCAAAACAGAGAAGCAGCACCUUGCUCAGCGCUAGAAUCUAAUCAUAGUUUAAUGGGCUAUAUCCUAAUAUACUGUACAGUCAAAUUUUAUUUUUUCGGAAUAAUACAACUCUCAUCUAUGUAAUUAUUUUGUUUGCUUUCACCCCAUUUCAUUCUGAACCUAUAUUAUACGAUGUACA